GAAAUAAAGCCAUGGGUGGUACCUGUUCAGGAUAUGUUUGAUAUAACAUAUAGCUGUUGGGAUUUUGCUGGACAAACAGUCUAUUACAACACACAUCAGUUCUUCCUGUCCAAGCAAGCUGUGUAUAUGUUAUUAUGGAACAUGAGAAUGGGAUUUGAACAUGCAGGACUAGACUUCUGGCUCAGUUCUGUGGCCUGUCAUUGUCCUAAUGCACCAGUUGUUAUUGUUGGAACCCAGUUGGAUCAGAUUCCAAUGCCUGACAUCCCAGAGAAAGAACUUAUGAAGAAAUAUCCACAGAUAAAGAAAUUCUGUUAUGUCAGCUCAACCGCUGGAACUAACAUUGCUGAAUUAGAGGAAACUUUGAUAGACGUAACUAUGACCCAUUGUUCCCAGAUGAAGCUGAAGAUUCCCAAAGUCUGGCUCAACUUUGAAGAGAGUAUUUUAGUAGAAAGAAAGAGAGGAAAGAACAUUCUAGAAUGGGGUAAACUAAAGCAGUAUGCUAUUGACAAUGGUAUCUUUGAUGACAAGGAUAUAAGACUAGCUGUACAGUUUCUGGAUGACCUUGGAACAGUCCAGUACUUUGAUACAGAGGUGCUUAGAGACAGAGUUGUUAUUAACCCACAGUGGAUCGUAGAUGUCAUGGCUAAAGUUGUCUCUGUAAAUGAGAAAUAUAUCAAGGAAAGUAAAGGUCGAUUCUUCCAUAAAUUUAUAUCUGAGAUUUGGAAGGACUAUGACUCAAAUCUACAUGAAUGGAUGUUGAAGUUAACUGAAAGAUUUGAUCUGACUUUCCCGUUACCCAAAUCUGGAGAGGCUGUGAACGUUGUACCAUGUCUUCUACCAGAGGAAGAGCCUGAAGAUCUUCCCUGGCCUACGAUUGAGGAAGAGGAGGGAAUUAGAGAGAGUAAGAUACAGUACAAAUUUACAUACCUGCCGACCGGACUCUUCAAUAGAGCUCAGGCUAGACUGUUUAGUCAGGGAUUUACCGAUACUAAGUUACUGGAGUUCCUAUGGAAGAAAGGAUCCAUUUUGAAGAAGAACAACCAUUAUGCUUUGGUCAAACAAAUCAGUGAUUAUGAGAUGAUUGUGACAGUACAGGGACCAAGACCAAAGAACAUAUUAGACCUGAUCCAUGAGACCAUUAGUACACUGAUAAAGGACUCCUUCACUGGUGUGGACUAUGAUUUCUAUAUACCAUGUCCUGAUUGUGUUGAGAAAGAGAGAACAAAAGAUCCCUUCCUGUUUAAAGCCGAGCUAAUCAGUAGAGCACACAGUGUAAAUGCUCCAUUCCUACAGUGUACCAAGUAUUUCCAUACAGUAUCCAUAGGGGAACUUUUGAGUAACAUGCCAGACAACAGAGACACAGAGUUUGAUGUUCAGAUACAGGAGAGUAUUGGUACACUACAGGAGAUCAGAACAAACAUGGCCCAGGAUGUGGUUAUACUAUACAACCCUGAGGAUAUACCUUCUAAAGAGAAAGAAGGACAGAUGGUGGAUCCUAGGAAAAUACAUGAAGACUUGAAAAAAAUUGGAUUCAACUGUUGGUUCUCUGAAGAUAUGGAAAACGCCACAGAACUUGAGAUUGCAGUAGCUAUCAUGAAUGCUAAGGUGGUAGUAGUAUGUAUGUCAGAAAGAUUUACAAGUUAUCAAAAAUGUCGUCAGAUGUUCUUGUAUGCUUUAGAACAGUUAAACAAACCGUUUGCUGUAGCUGUCAUGGAUGAAUCACAAGAGUGGCAGCAAACUGAUGUAGGAUUCAAGAUUGGAAAUCCAAGAAUGGCAAUGAUCAAGAGUGUUAAAAGAUACGAGAAAAAAAUGGAAGAUCUCAUAGAUAUCAUCAAGAAUCAUAUACUGGAUAUUGAAAAGAAUACCAUGACCAAACCAGCAAUAUUUAUAAGUUACUGCUGGGCCAAUUCUCAUGAGGCUUGCAGUGUUACUACACAGGCCAAAGAAGGAUCUCUAGGACAUGGUGAUCCCAGAGCUAUCAAGAAACACAUUGAGAAAGCUGGUCUACCUUGCUGGUUAGAUAUCGAACAGAUGGGCAAGUUUGGUAUUUACCAAGAUAUCACUAUUGGAUUACAGAAUUCUAAAGUUCUAGUUGUCUGUGUCUCUGAUGAGUAUCUGCAAUCAGAAGCCUGUAUGAUGGAAGCCAGGUUUGGAGGUUAUAAUUUACAUUUACCUUUGGUUGUGUGUGUGGUAGGCACAGGAAAAGAUUGGAAAACAUCAGAGAUUGCUUUAAUGAUACAGAAGCUUGGAGAGGGAGGAGCCACUGUUAUUAAGAUGCAGAGAGAAACUCCUGGUUGUUACGACAGAGUGUUAGAACAAGUCAAGACUUUUCUGAAACGUCCAGAAACAGAGAAACAGAAAAACAUGAGAGAAAAACUAGAGAAAGCACAACAAAAACAGGAAAAGACCAUGAAAGAAGAAUUAGAAAAGACCCUUAAGCAGCAAGGAGACACAAAGUUCUCUUUCCAAGAAGAGAUAGAACUCAUACAGAGAAAGUUCAUGAGACACAUUUCUAAAAUAACCAGAACUGACGACUUAGAAAAUGAGCUUCCAAAACUUAUGGUGUUUGACUUUGUUAAAAAAGUUCCUGUUAAGAGGACAACCAUAUCUGAGAGGGAAAAAGACAUGCAAUCUCAGAUGGAUGGAGAGAGGCCUUCAACUGCACAUUCACUUAGGGCCAGGACCAGUAAAAUGUCACAGAGUAGAGAUAAAAUGAAGGCUGUAACAUUAGAAGAAUUGGAGGAUGAUUGGCAGGGAGAAGAUUUCUGUAUACGAGUUCUGUGUGAAGAUGAACAGGGAUGGCAUGUAGUUGGAGAACCUCUGUCUUUAAUCAAUAGAACAUCAGAAGAAAUCUACAAAGCUUUGAAAGAUGCUGCACCCUUCCUGGCUAGGAUAUAUGCUGUAUUAAAACAGAGUGCUAUAAACUUGAACUGUCUGUCCAGUAAAAAGGGAGAUAACUUCUUAAACUAUAUCAGAAAGGAAGGUAUAGAUACCAAGAACUUCAGUGAUGCCUACAAAGUCAUACAUAAACUGGUAUCAGAAAGUGAAGAUAGGGACCAGUUCAUCAGUCCACUAAAUAGGUGCUAUUUACAGAGCGGUAAGAUUUCCUGGCUUUGCCCUGACCACCAAAACAAGGCUGGUAUAACUCAGCUGCAGAUUGGUACAGCCAGUAUACAUGGCACGUCUAGGGUACUGAUAUUUGAGGAGGACAAGCUACUUAAAGAUUUAUCAGUAGCUUACAGAUUCUUGUCCUUGGAGAAACAAGGAGGAAAGGAUGGCCCAUCUGUUCAGAAGGAAAAGUCAUUUGUUAUUAAGAAUUCAGGGCUAGGAAAAGAAAAGUCAGAUGUUAGAAAAGUGGAAGUAAAUAAUACAAAAAUUAGUGAGGAAAGGAAUGAAGAAAGACAGACUCCACGUAAAAAGAAAUCAGACAAAACUGUUAAAAUUGCAGAUACAUCAAUUAAUAUACCUAGUCCGUCAACCUCACGUCCUGUAUCAAGUUCUAGUAGUACUGCAACCAGCAGUAAAAGUGGCACUUCAACACUCUCUCGGAGGAAGUCACAAAGAAAAACCACCAGUCAAGCUUGCAGUAUUCAGUAAUUGGCUGUACCCCAAUUUACACUAGACUAUGAGCACUUUCUUUGAGGAAGUCAUAAGACAAACCAACAGUCAAGCUUGUAGUAUUCAGUGAUAAUCUAACUCAAUGCUUAUACUAGAUUUUCAACACGCUCUUGGAAGAAGUCACAAAGAUAGUUAUGCUUGUAGAAUUUAGUGAUAAAAUAAACCAUUGCUAACACUAGACUAGUCAAUCUUGUAGUUUAUUAUCUAUGGUAGUUUAAUGCUUAAGAUCAACUGUUAAAAGAUAUGAUUAUUUGUAAUUGAUAUGUGUCAUUUAUUGCUUUUGAUAUGUGACAUAUUGAAUGUCCUGUGAUAUCUGACAUAUUGAAUGUCAUGUGAUAUGUUAUAGAUUAAAUGUCAUGUGAUAUGUUAUAGAUUAAAUGUCAUGUGAUAUUUGACAGAUUAAAUGUCAUGUGAUAUGUUAUAGAUUAAAUGUCAUGUGAUAUUUGACAGAUUUAAUGUCAUGUGAUAUUUGACACAAUAAAUGCCAUGUGAUAUAUGGCAUAUUAAACGACCUGUGAUAUUUGACUUUCAGGGAUCAAACAACCAACCAUAUAAUACCUUCUCUAUGUUAUAAUAUUUAUAAUUAAUUAAUUUAUUUAUUGAAUUAUACUUGUUGAUUAAGUUGUUGUAACAUUUUUAUAGGAUUUUUACAUUUAAAAAAAUAUUUAUGUAGAAAAUAGAAGAUUUUAAACAUGUGAUAGAAAAUUUGGGUAAACACAAUGAAAUCACCUUUCUUGCAAUCUAAUAAAGAUUCAUUUGUUAAAACAUAAAUACCUUUUUUAUAUGGUAACAAAAUCACAUUGCUUUUUGGAUUUUAUUUUUAUAAAAUCGGUAAUAAUGAAAUAAAAAACCCAAAAAAACUUUAAAACUAAAAAGUCUUAAAUGUGUCAAAAAAUAUAUCUUUCAAAUUGAUGGAUGGUUGACCAUUGUCCAGAUGGUACAGGUACAUAUAUUUUGACACAUACAGAGAAGAUACAUUUUAUGUUUACGAGUAAAUGUUUUUUUUUUUUAUAACAAAUCUUUUUUCAGCUUAUAUACUUGUGUAAUAAUAUUUUUUAUAGAAAACUAAUGGAAAGUGAAUGUCUUUGCAUUCUAUGAAAAAUUACUUCAUCCAGACCUUCAGGUAAAACAAUCAAUUACAAUGUAUCUUGGGACUUGGUUUUGUUUAAUUACUUUUCAUAUGAUCAGUGAAAAUGUAGUUGUAGGGUAAUUAUUGAAAAAGUUGCUAAUACAUGAAUACAUUUUCCUAUUUAUAAAUAUGAAUUUUUAGCAUAAAGUUGUAUAAUCCUUGCUUGUCUUAUUCUUCUCUUAAAUUAAGGGUAAAUAAAAUGCCAGUUUCUCAGUAUACUCACUGAUCUCUUAUGAUUCGUAUGUGCUUGGACUAUCUUACACUUCUGUCUCAAAUAAUUUGAGCUCUUGUUGCUCAUUUUUAUCAACACUAUGUGGUAUGUUUCAUAUUUUUUGUUGAUGUUUAUGACGCAUAUAAUGCAUCUGAUAUUUGCAUCUGUCCAUUUCAUGUGUUGUACUAAUUUUUUUUUUACAAUUUACUACAUAUUUUGUUAUUUUUUGCAUUAUUUUCUACUAGUUCUGUAUGGUAAACUGUUUGAGGAUCGAGGAAAGUGAGUGUUUUUGUUUUGGAAAAUUUCAAUGAAACUAGUUUUUAGUAAAUUUAGUUACUGUGUUUUUUUAGUAAUAAUUAUAUACCCUGUGAUACAACAGUUUAAUCAUCCUCAAGCUGAAAGCGCACCAUGGUCUAAUAUCAAACUUCAAAUUUUAUUAUUUUAAAACACAAACAAUGUAUAUCAAAUGAUAUGACAAACUGUCAGUAACAUAUAUUUUAUUUGCAUGUCUUAUAAUGUAGUAAUUGUUAGUGUAGUAAUCUUUGUUUAUUGUAUUUUCACAAUGUAUAUAUGUUGUAUAUUCACAAUGUAUGUGUAUAUAUCAUAUCUGUAAAACAAGUGGUUGGGAAUUAUUCAAAGAGAAAGAAUUCCAACAGCACACAGGAUAGAACUUAUAAUUUUUGACCUUGAAUUUAAAAGUAAGAAAAGAGGAAAUACUCUAAUGAGCUAUGAUAUAGAAUAUGUAUCCAAUGUAAUCCUUAAAGAAAAUAUCUAGAUGGUUACAAGAAGAAUUAUUUGAAAUUUCACCUUAUUACCAGACAAUAUAAAAAAAAAACUGUUAACAGCAAAAAACAACAUAGAAAACAAUUAUAUAAUUUACACUGAAUCUGAAAUAACAAAAAUAACGGUGAGUUUAGUCACAUACGGGUAACAUUAUGUUGUAACAAAAGUUUAAUUUAGAAUUUACCAUUUUAAAUUUCCUUGCUUAGGGAUUGAUAUCAUAUUCAUAUUAUUUGUAUCAUUUUGGUACAAAUGUUACACAUUCUUGUUGUAUUCUAAUAAAGAAUAAUUUAGAUAUAUGUUUUCUAUUUGCAUGCUACUUUUUCAUUCUGGAACAAUGAGAAGCUACAACCAUUGAAAUUAAGAUCUGAUUUUGUCAAAAACCUUUUAUAUAUGUUAUUUAUGUGUUUGCAUACAGUGCAGUUGACUUGUUAUUUUAAUGAUAAUUGGACUGACAAAAAUCUAAUUUGAUUGGCAAACUGAAAUUGUGUUAAAGUUGUAGAUUAAUAAUUUUAUUUGGAAUUGUAAUGAAACUUUCAGUUAUAUAGAUUUAUACUGAAAAAAAUGUUAGUGUAUUCUAAAAUAUAUCCAAGACAUAAUUGAACAGUAUCUUAUGGGUCAAAUGGAAAAUAAUUAUCAUUUUUCAAAAUAAUCUCAAGGAUCUAAUAGCAGUUUUGCACUGUUUUAUUUAAACGGACCAAAAUGUUAAAAAUGUUAGACAUAGUAUAACUUUGUAUUAUUUGAUAAAUUUAUAUUUAAUAGGCAAUUAAUGUAUGUGUAAAACCUUAUUAUUCUUGAAAUAUAUAGUAGUUGAAGUAAUCCAAAAACAUUCUAUUUUGAACAUGUAGAAUUUAUAAAAAGGGAACAUGUAUCCUGUAGUUCCAUUAUAAUGCAGCUGAAUCAUAUGUGAAGCUUGGAUCUAGACUUCUAUUGAAAGUAACAUAGAAAAGAAGGAGAUAGUUACAAUUAUAUAACAUUGCAUUUACUACAUUAGAGGGUAAUACCACUUUGAUAUUAAUAAUUUAAGUUGUAUCUUUAUUUUUGUCUAAUCUAUAUAGUAGCAAUAUAAUAAAAAGAUAAUAUUUUUAUACCCAGUCCUAUUUACAGUUGUUGUUAGUCUAAGGGAUUUCAUUUCAGUUAAAUUGGAGGCCUUCACUAAACUGCAUUUGUUUCUUUGAAUUUAACUCAUCAAUCAUGUACAAUUCUUGAUUCAGGAAUUUUCCUUUACUUAGUCACAAAAUUUUCUUUUGCUGAAGUUGAUGACAUGAAUCUGUCUAUGGUAUAUUAUGUUAUUUUUAUGCCCCACUGACGAUAGUAGAGGGGCAUUAUGUUUUCUGGCCUCCGUUCGUCAGUCUGUGCAUCCAUGCAUCCGUUCGCUUCAGGUUAAAGAUUUUGGUCAAGGUGGUUUUUGAAGAAGUUGAAGUCCAAUCAACUUGAAACUUAGUACACAUGUUCCCCAUGAUAUGAUCUUUCUAAUUUUAAUGCCAAAUUAUAGUUUUGACCCCAAUUUCAUAGUCUACUGAACAUAGAAAAUGAUAGUGUGAAGUUCAGGUUAAAGUAUUUGGUCAAGGUAGUUUUUGAUGAAUUUAAAGUUACAUCAACUUGAAACUUAGUACACAUGUUCCCUAUGAUAUGAUUUUUCUAAUUUUAAUUUCAAAUUGAAGUUUUGACCCCAAUUUUCACGGUCCACUGAACAUAAAAAAUGAUAGUGCAAGUUGGGCAUACGUGUACUAUGGACACAUUCUUGUUAAUUUAUUGUUCGCUCCCGUCCAUUUAUUACCGGUAAUCUUAAAUGACAAUCAUAUAUCUAUAUAUGAAAAAAUCAGGUUUUAUAUUGUAUCAUGCUUUUUGACUACUUUAUGUCUCAUGCAUUCCAUUUAAAAAGAAAUAUUUGCCUUAUAGCUAGUCUUGUAACUAGGUCAUUAUUAUUUUAUGGAUGUUAAUGAAAACAAAUAUCAAUGUAUCCUUGUUAAUAAUUUAUGCUUUUGAUUGUUGACUGCAUUUAACAUUUAGGAGUAAUUAACUAAUUUCAAUUCAAUUUUCAAUUGAACAAAGAUUUUUUAAUAUUUACAUGUCAUAUAAUAUCCAUGAUUUUUUUUUACUUUUAAUGCAAUUUUCUGAUUAUUAUACAUACACCACACUUUGUAGUGUAACUAUUUUUUCUGUUGAUCAAUAAAUAGAUAAACUAAAUAUGUGCUUUGUAUAAUUUUGAAAAUAUGAGUUGUACAGCUCAUUUGACCCAAACAUAUUACUAGUAUAAAAGAAUUAUUAUAACCACCAGAAAUAUUGGACAUUACAACAGAACCACAUCAACCAAUACUGUUUUACAUUUGAUUUUAAAUAGUUGGCUUGAAUGAUUGUGCACCCU